AUGUCCCUUCCCUCAACCGUUCGCUCGCACUACGUCGCCAUUAUAGAUUCCAUCCUGAAUGAAGUCGAUCUCACCACUAUCACGAGGAAGAGUAUUCGACAGGGAAUCCAAGACCAGGUUGACUAUGACAUUACUCCGCACAAGGCUGCCAUCAAACAGCUGAUCGAUGAGAGGUUUGACAUUGUCAAUGCCAAAAAGAAUGGCGAAUCUCCAGUGGUGCCCUCUGUUGAGCAAGCCGAUGCUGCUCCCACAGCAAAUGGGAUCCACAAAACGCAUGGAGAGCCCUCAUCGACCUCACCUGCGAAAAGAGACGCGAGCGAGGCAACCUCAGAAAUCAUAGACAACCCGCCGCCAAAAAAGAAGCGCAAAGCGAGUCUGGACGCUGACGCGGCUUUUGCCGCACGUCUCCAAGCUGAAGAAGACAAGUUAGCUCGGCCUACACGAGGCGGCGCUAAUCGAAAGACUGCUCCAGUCAAAAAGAAGAAGAGAGCGAAGAAGGACCGACUAACCGGAUCGGAUGACUCCGAUUUAGAUGACGAGGAGCACAAACCCCAGAAACCGAAGCGAGAGACAGGAUUUCACAAGCCACUCCUCCUAUCUCCGGCAUUGUCCGAAUUUUUCGAUGGCGAAAUACGGCUGUCACGCCCCGAAACUACUAAAAGAGUGUGGGCGUAUAUCAAAGCGAAUGACCUGCAAGACCCCAAUGAUAAGCGAUUCAUCAUUUGCGAUUCGAAGAUGCGAGAACUCUUCCGACAAGACAAGGUGCACAUGUUUACCAUGACCAAAUUGAUCUCGCAACAAAUGUACAACCCCGAGGACUAA